AUGACUGAGAGAUUGUUAAUAAGAGCAAUAAAGGGUCACGGACAAACUCAGAUCGUUACUUUGAAUGGGAAAAAAAUAAGAAAGAUGCCCUCAACUUUAGAACUAUUGCCUGACCUGAAGAAUCUAUGUCUUCAAAAUAAUCUAAUCUCCAAAGUGUGCCCUGAGAUAAGCACCUUGACCCAGUUUCAGAAUCUGAAGCUGAAGGAAUUCUACUGUGAGGAAAACCCACUUUUCAUGAAGCGGCCAGCCAUUGCUGUGCAACAAGAGGACAUCUGGAGUUUACAGGAAAUAACAUCAAGAUAUGUCAUGAAUCAGCUAGCAAAAAAGCAUCCUUUCCUAAUGUGUGCUAUUGAACAAUAUCCAGAGGUCAGGAACUUAAUCUCUCAGGGGAAAAAAUGUCCAAUAUGUGGAAAAUAUUUUUUAUCCAUAUGGCUGGAAUGUGUUCGGUUCAUUCCUCCACCAAAGAACUGGAAGAUAAGCAGAAAUCUACAGCUGGUACCUGUCCAGGUAUUAAUUUGUUCUUACAAAUGUUUAAAUCGGCGUGACCCUAACCUCUUUGGAAUUGCUCAUAUGUAG